UGGUGAUAAUCUAAAAUUAAGAUUGUUGCCCUACAAGUUAAAAGUAAUUAAAUUGAAGAUGGUGUGAAAAAUUACAUUUUCGCUCUGUCUCCCGAUGAAGCAAUGGAGGCCCGAUAUCUUUUACUGCACCCAUUUUACAUUUUUAGCCAUGGCAGAAGGUGACCAUAAUGAAUGUAACGAGCGAACAAAGCUACCAACAGCAUCAAUCUCACGAAAAAAAGUUAGCGUCUGGUCAAUUCUUAAAAAUUGCAUUGGCAAAGACCUGAGUAAAAUAACAAUGCCAGUUGUUCUUAAUGAACCCUUGAGCUUCCUUCAAAGGUUAUGUGAAUAUAUGGAAUAUGCAGAGCUCUUGACUCGGGCGUCGCAAGAAGAUAACCCAGCCGAUCGCAUGAAAUAUGUUGCAGCGUUUGCCGUUUCUGCUCUGGCUUCUAAUUGGGAUCGACUGGGAAAACCGUUUAACCCAUUGCUCGGAGAAACAUACGAGCUGGAAAAGAAUAAUUUUUGGAUAAUUUGUGAGCAGGUGUCUCACCAUCCACCAGUAUCUGCCUUUCAUGCAGAGUCGCCUGAUUAUAAGUUUUAUGGUGCAAUUUAUCCACAGAUUAAAAUCUGCGGUAAAAGCAUUGAAGUUCAUCCAAAUGGCACUGUCACAGUUGAAUUUCCCAAAUGGAAAGAAACAUACACCUGGAGUAAUGUUAAUUGCUGCGUGCACAAUAUAAUUGUUGGAAAACUGUGGAUAGAACAACACGGUGUUAUGGAGAUCACAAAUCAUACUAGUGGAUAUGUUGCUACCUUAACAUUCAAAUCGUCGACAUCUUCAACCAAAAAUCUUCACAGAGUAGAGGGCUUCGUAAAAGAUAUAAGCAAGAAAAAUAUAUAUUUCCUCUAUGGAAAAUGGACACAGUAUAUGUAUGCUUGCCCUUAUGAAAAAUAUGACCAGCAUGUGCAGAAUGAAUGCAAAAUGAAGGAAGAUAGGGACUCUGCAGCAUUACCAGAUGGCACACAAAGAAAAAUGUUUUCGAAAUUAAAUAGCUUUAAGCUAAACUCGUUUCGCAGUUUAUCUUUACAGGACAAUACAAAUUACCCACCAUCCGAAACGGAAAGCAAUAUUUCCAGAAGUGAAUCGACUAAUUCACUUGACUUACCACAUUCUACAUUAUUAUGGCGCUGCAAGCCGCGGCCAGAGAAUAGCAGCGAGUAUUAUCAUUUUACAAACUUUGCAUUACAAUUGAAUGCAAGGAAUUCAACAAUGACACCACCAGAUAAACUUUGUCCCACCGAUGCCAGAUUGCGUCCAGAUAUAUUAUGCUUAGAGAAUGGAGAUUUAGAUGGAGCAUCAAAGGAAAAAACUCGACUAGAAGAAAAACAAAGAGAUUCUAGAAAACAGCAUAAGCACAUAAAUGGAGUCGACUUAAAUCCUCGAUGGUUCAAGAAGGAACACAGUCCCUAUACAAAUAGCGAUGUCUGGAUAUAUACCGGCAACUAUUGGGAUCGCAAUUAUGAAUACACAGCCACGAUAUUUUAGAUAUUGAUAUACAUAAAUAUAUAUUGAUUUAUAUAAAUAUACAUAAGUUCCGAUGCACACAAAAUUUUACAUUAGCUGUUCAGAUAUUAAGAAAUAUAUCCUACGAUGAUUGUAAUUAUAUAAGUACACGUAGUAUUAUAUUUAGUAUGUGUUUGUCAAUAUGCGAUAAUAUCCACAAUCGCACAAUAUUUGUUUUGUUUUGCAACAUUUUUAGUCAUUGUUCUUCAAUGAACAUAAUAACAGUUGGAAAUUUAGAUGAAGAAAAUGCUUAGUUAUUAGUUGCGCUGAUGCUUGUGCUUCCUGCAAUAAUAGAUGAAAUUUAUGUUUUAAAUAAUUUGUAAAAUAAGAUACCAAACUUUAAGAUUUUCACAAUAGAAAGCAAUCCGUAAAGCCAUGUUAUUCGAGUCAUACGGAUAAUUUUAUGAAAAUACGAAAAUAAAUUAAUUAAAGAACUUCGGUUUAACAUAAUUGUUUCUAGGCUUUAAUUUUAAUUUUAUUUGUGUCAGCCAAUUUAUACAAAUAAAUAAGUAUGCAAUAAAGUGUUAUUAUAGAGUAUAUAAAUUAUAAAAUUUGUUUUAUUUCAGUAAAGCCACUACUCAUAGGCAAGCAAAACCAAUUUUAGCUAACCUAAUCUAAAGACUUGAGAUUCUACUGAAAGGAUAUGCAAAAUACGCACUCUAAGCAAAUAAAAAAAUGU